GUGCUCAAUGUGCGAAAGAGCUCAGGGAGGCUCUGCCUGUUCCGUUGCAUUCAGACUCACUGUCAUUUUAACUUCCUUCCUGCCUUUUGUACAUUAAACAAACAUACGGCUCCGACGCGACGUGUCGAACAGUUCGAGCGACAUUCUAGAACGUUUAGAAUUAUUUAAACUGCAGAAAGAACUUUUGGAAUGUAACAGCAACAGAACAACAGGAGUUAUUAUUCUGCUACGUGUCCCGAAUUCGCGAAUGCGCGCUUCAGCGACUAUUUAAACAACAGCGUCUGCAACAAGGAGACUUGUAGAACUCGGCUAAGGAUGAACCAGUGGUGCAUAUAAUAUGUAAACGAGGAAAGGAGUCUAGGAUUGUAUUUUAGUAUUCUACAUAUCAGUUUUCCUUUAGUUCCUCCCAAUGAUGGUUAGGUCCAAAGGCCAGUGGAUCUUGGAUGAAUAAACCUAAAUGGGAGCAAAAACGGACAGGUCUAGCCUGCCAUUAUGGCAGCUUAUGCUCUGAACAGCUUGAUAAUGAUGAACCCUAACAACCUGACCAAUAAGAACAGCCCUCGGACAGGAAGGCCUGUGCUCCCAGUACCUAGUCGUUCAACAUUCAGCCCACCUCUGGGGGGCAGCGGAAGUCCCUAUAGCCCAGGCAGCCUGAGCCCUGGCUCUUCAGGAAAGUCAUUUGUCUUCCCAACAAGUACUGGUUCCAGUUGUCAAAGAGCACUUUCACCAUGUCGAAGGCCAGAAUCGCUGGGUGUGCAUGUGGGAAGUCGUGUGCGCAGACUCAGUGGGUCAGGUCUGGAGGAAGAACAGGAGAACGAAGAGCGACGUGUUGCUCUGCAACUUGAACGCAACAGGGAAUUGCAGAAUGUGGGGGUGAACAAGAAGGUGGACCUGUUUGAAGCCCAAAUAUCAGCUCAGGCUUUCAGUCGAGAGGUUCAGCGAAGCCCAAGGAUUUCUAGAAAAUCUCCUCAUUAUUUUGCCCCUGUCCAACUUACCAACCUUAGCUUGAACCCAGAGGAAACACUUGCAACACGAAACAAGGAUCACUCAACGGGGAUCCCCAAAGAACUGCAAAAUGGAAAGCGCUUCUCUGGCACGGAGGAGGGGCUGCAGGUCAGCGGUGAAGAGAAGGAUGGGGCCGACCCAAAUACAGAAGAGGGCGGCCCACAUAAGAGCACAUCAGCUGGAACUAAGAGCGAUGCUGACAGCCUUACAGACAAUCACUCCAGGACUUUAUCAGAGGCCAAUGACUGCUCAGCAUCUUGGACCAAGACAUGUUUGACAAAGCCAGGAGCUGAGCCAACAACCCAGGCAGAGCCUGACGGAGUUAGUCCAGAGUUAGGCUCCAUCCCCACUGUCAUUAUUACGGACGACGGUAUGGAGGUCAGUGGGGAGGUAAAAGAGGCUGAGGUUAGUCCUCAAACUAACAGAACCCUGAGGAAGCUCUCCUCCUCUUCUGCCUCAUCAACGGGAUUUUCCUCUUCCUGGGAGGAAUCAGAGGACGACAUCUCCAGCGACCCAGAGCGGUCCCCAGCCUUUCUGCAGACACAACAGAAAGCGCAUAAAUCAUGGAAGAAGAUCAAGAACAUGGUGCACUGGUCCCCAUUUGUGAUGUCCUUCAAGAAGAAGUAUCCUUGGAUCCAGCUGGCUGGCCACGCAGGCAAUUUCAAGGCAGGGGCGAAUGGCCGCAUCCUGAAGAAACACUGCGAGUGUGAGCAGCAGUGUCUGGACAGGCUGAUGAGAGACAUAUUAAAGCCCUACGUUCCUGCUUAUCAUGGAGAUGUUGAGAAGGAUGGAGAGAGGUACAAUCAAAUGGAGGACUUGCUGGCAGAUUUUGACCUUCCCUGUGUCAUGGACUGCAAGAUGGGCAUUAGGACAUAUCUGGAAGAGGAGCUGACGAAAGCAAGGAAGAAGCCUAGUUUGAGAGCUGACAUGUACCAAAAGAUGAUCGAGGUGGAUCCGGACGCUCCCACAGAAAAGGAGAAUGAGCAGAAAGCGGUCACUAAGCCGAGGUACAUGCAGUGGAGAGAAACCAUCAGCUCCACCGCCACGCUCGGCUUCCGCAUCGAGGGCAUCAAGAAAGAGGACGGAACGGUAAACAGGGACUUUAAAAAGACCAAGACCCGAGAACAAGUGACCGAAGCCUUCCAAGACUUCGUCAAAGGAAACAAGAACAUCCUGCAUUCCUAUCUGAACCGGCUGAAAGAGAUCAGGGACACUUUGGAAAUGUCACCAUUUUUCAAAACGCAUGAGGUGAUUGGCAGUUCUCUACUCUUCGUCCAUGAUAAACGGGAGCUGGCAAAAGUGUGGAUGAUAGACUUUGGGAAGACGACUCCACUGCCGGAGGGGCAGGAGCUGAGCCACAGGGCCACCUGGAUGGAGGGAAACAGAGAAGACGGCUACCUCUACGGCCUGGACCACCUCAUAGACAUUAUUUCUAAUAUGCUUGGUCCUAACCCCCACUAGAGUAAGAGGAAUUGAUCUCUACACCGGCACUACAAUUCAAGACCUCACAGGGUUUCUCCUAAAGCUAUCCUAACCGAUCGGCCUGUCUCGCCAAACAAAGAAAAAAAAGAAGCAAGGUGUAAAACUUAAAUCAAAAUGCCAGCCGCAGUGGCCUUUAAACGAGUGUGUAUGUUUGUAAACUUGUAGAUGCUGUAUAUAUAGUGUAAAUGCCAGUGUUUCAGUUCAGAAACAUGUGUGAAUAGGAUAUUUGCAGAUAUAAUGCUUUAACAGACAGGUGAAUCUCAAAGCCACACUUGCUUUAUGUGCGCUGUGUUAUGGAGAAGUGUAAAGCUGUUUUUACUCCUGAACGUCUUAAUAUUUCGUUUUUAGCAAAUUUUUUUUUUUUUUUUUUUGGUUUGGUAAUUCACACCUUGAAACAAAAAUCUAAAUUUAGGUUAAUUGAGGUCUAUGCUCUAAUGUUAAAGGCUAACUACCACUCUUUUUAAGAUAGAUACAUUUAGAUAUCUAUAGAUACACAGGAUACACAGGAUUCUAAUUUUAUCGUUUUUACCCAGUUAAGAUGUAAGUAGUAUUAAAAUACAUGAUUUAUACUGAGUGCCUAUGGUAGAACAAAUGAAAUGAUCCCGUUUGGUGGAUGGUCUUACGCUGUGCUUUAAUUUUGAAAUUGUUUAUAUCAACAUUCCAUAAAUACAUUCAUUUUUCUGUCCAAAUAGGUCUGGGUAUUGAUACUGAUACUUUCUAAAAUUCUUUUUGAUUUACUGGUUAUCAAUUCAGUUAAGACUUUGAUUGACUUAAUAUGACACCAAAUUAUUUGAUUACACAGAAUAUUGCUCGUUUCAAAUCACCAAUGAAAUUUUUAUUUCAAAUUAUGUCACUGAUUUGG